AUGAACGGAAUGGUAAAAAACGACCCUAUUAAUGACAAUACGCGUUGGGAUGUGCAUGUGGAAGUUCGCGUUAGCCAUCGCUCCGGGGUUCGCCAUGACGUGAUCCGUGGUGCAGUGGAAGCAUUCAUCCUAAAAACCCACGAACACAUCAACAUUCCCAACGUAUUCCAAACUUGGGCAGGCGACCCAGUUCUGGAGGGGGAUGUAGAGCUGAUUCACGUUACAGAGAGUGCGGCACCUAUGUCUGAGCUACCUGUCAGCUGUGCCAAUUUGCUUAUACACGUCUAUCAACCCACCGAUGGACCCAUCGAGGACCAAUUUGCCGGCGGAGGUGAUGAUGAAGAUGAAGCAGUCGUUGUAACAACAGUUUGCGAGCUCCCUGCUCGUGUAUGGGAAGGGCUCUGGGAUACACUCGUUUACGAAGACGAUAUCAAGUCUCGACUGUUAAAUUAUAUCUAUGCGACGCUCAUAUUCUCUGAUGCAAAUAUAGAUCCAAACAUCGUAUCCUGGAACCGUGUUGUUCUAUUGCAUGGUCCUCCUGGUACUGGUAAGACGUCACUCGCUCGGGCACUGGCUCAAAAACUCGCCAUUCGGCUCCAGCACCGGUACUCUGCCGGUACCCGGCUACUGGAACUUAAUGCACAUUCCUUGUUCUCGCGAUGGUUCUCGGAAAGUGGUAAAUUGGUCCAACGUGCGUUCUCAGGAGUGAUGGAAAUGGCCGACGACCCGGACAUAUUUCUAGUAUUACUCAUAGACGAGGUCGAGAGUCUUACCGCGGCUCGUGCCGGGGCCAUAUCAGGAACCGAGCCCUCCGAUGCACUUCGUGUAGUCAACGCCCUGUUAACCCAAUUGGACAAACUAAAACUAAAGCGAAACGUCUUGAUCAUUUCGACUUCGAACCUUCCGGAUGCGAUUGAUUCGGCUUAUGUAGAUCGAGCCGAUAUUGUUCAAUACGUCGGGCCGCCCUCGAGGAAUGCCAUCUACUUUAUAUUACGAAGCUGCGUCAUUGAGCUUAUCAGAGCUGGAAUCAUACGGGCCAUAGAACUACUUCCCAUCGCAGAAGCAUGCGCCAACGAGGCACAAAAUAGGCCAGACCAGCCUAUGCAGCCCGAGGAAUUACGGGUAGCGAGAGCAAGCGUCAUGCUCCUCAAUCUAGCAACGAAAUGCGUCGGAAAGUCAGGGCGAUCGCUUCGUCGACUUCCUGUCCUCGCGUACGCUCGACACAUGGGGAGCGCCGGUCUCGGUCGUGGUCCAAGCGAUAUCGAGGUCUGGCUGGCCGCGAUGGAGCGAGCGAUCGAUGAAGAUUCGAGGGGUCGAGACACGGUUAGAGAUGUCUAA